CUGAUCAGCUCCAGCUGCUCCGCCGCAUACGACCUGCGCUCCCUCCCACCUCUGACCUCCACCAUGCCAUCCCCGUCUGGCACCCCGUCCGUCUCGCGUCGCGGCAGCGGCAGCGUCACCCUCCCCACCGGCCAGACCCUCGCCUUCCACACCCGCACCCAAGAUGAGAAGAGCGAAGAUCUCCCUCACGCAACCAAGAAGACCAUGGCGGAUCACCUCCGCAAAUACGAAGCUCUCUUUACCCUCACCCCGCAACGCAUGCGCAUGAUCGUCGAGGCCUUCAAGGAGACCCUCGAGCUCGGAUUGUCAAAGCCGGAGCAGGUCGUGCCCAUGUUACCGACGUUCGUCUUCGGCUGGCCGACCGGCAAGGAAACGGGCGACUACCUCGCCAUCGAUCUCGGCGGCACCAACCUACGCUGUUGCUUGGUCACCAUCGGCGGCGAUGGCAAAUUCGAGAUGACGCAAAGCAAGUACCGUCUCACGGAGGAGCAGAAGCAGGAAGAUGGCCAAAAACUCUUCGAUUUCUGCGCCGAGUGCCUGAAGACCUUUAUCGAAACACACACCUACAAGACCGGCGACUCGGAAGCAGGCCUCAUCAAACGAGGAGAUAUCCUUCCUCUCGGCUUUACUUUCUCGUAUCCAUGCGUCCAAGAACGUAUCGAUCACGCUGUGCUCAUUCGCUGGACAAAAGGCUUCGGGGCGGCCAACACCGAAGGGAAAAACGUCGCGGAGAUGUUCCAGAAAUCCCUCGACCGAUACCAAGUGCCGGUGCGCCUCACCGCCGUCAUCAACGAUACGACCGGAACACUCAUCGCCUCCCACUACGUCAACCCGAGGACACGCAUCGCCGUUAUCUUCGGUACCGGCUGCAACGCGGCCUACAUGGAGCGCAUAGGCGACAUUCCCAAGAUCGCCCACCUCGGCCUCGAUCCGGAUGCUCACAUGGCGAUCAACUGCGAGUGGGGUGCAUUCGACUCGUUCGAGCAUGAACAUCUUCCGAGGACAAAGUAUGAUCAGAUCGUGGACGAGCAGUCGAACAAGCCCCAUGAGCAGUCGUUCGAGAAACUCAUCUCGGGACGGUAUCUGGGAGAAAUCUUCCGGCUGGUCGUGUGCGAGCUCAUCGAUCAGGGUCAAAUGUUCCUCGGUCAAGAGACGUACAAGAUCGAGAUAGCGUACUCGUUCGACACCGCUUUCCUAUCGCUCAUGGAAUCGGAUCCCACCGACGAACUGCUCAUGAUCAUCGGCGUCUUCUCCCACUUCUUCGCCCUCGAGACGACCCUGGCCGAACGGCAGUUCUUCCGCGCGCUCGCGAAACUCAUCGGCAGGCGCGCGGCGCGGCUCAGCGCGUGCGGCAUCGCGGCGAUCGUGAGCAAGAUGGGCUACCUCGAGGAGGGCUGCGCGGUUGGCGCCGACGGGUCGCUGUACAACAAAUAUCCCGGGUUUGCGGAACGCGUGCACGAGGGUCUCCACGAUAUCUUUGGCGAGAAGGGAAAGAAUAUCGUGACCUACCACGCCGAAGACGGCAGUGGUGUUGGAAGUGCUAUUAUUGCUGCAAUGACGAAGGCCCGUAAGGACGCGGGAGUGUUUACCCACGUCUAAGCAAAGGAAAAUACAGUGCACCGGAUAUCUAAUGGAUGGCGUGUAUACUCGUGAUGUGUCGCGUUGACGCCGCAUAGACAAAACGAAACGAACAAUGUAUUCCUAGUGAUCCUCUAUUGCUGAACGUCGCUGCUCUCAUUACUGGAGCUAUCGAUGUU